AGGUUGCUGCAAUUUUCUGACACCCUGUUCUUGGAAGUAAAAUGUUCCCUCAAAGCAGUUUUUUAAAUGUAUUAAUUGAAGAAUAUGAACGAAGCUUCAUCUCUGCUUAGUGCCACAUGUAACACAUUCAUCACCACACUUGAAGAAUGUGUGAAGAUAGCAAAUGCCAAGUUUAAACCAGAGAUGUUUCAAUUGCCUCAUCCAGAUCCUCUAGUUUCUCCUGUAUCACCUUCACCUGUUCAAAUGAUGAAACGUUCCAUCAGCCACCCUGGUUCUUACAGCUCAGACAGGAGUAGUCACACUGUAAAAGAACCAGGGCCUUCACUUCACCGAAUCUCCCAACGGCGCAGAAGAACCUACUCAGAUACAGACUACAAUGAUAUUCCCCUUGAAGACCCAGAUAGACCUGUUCACUGUUCAAGAAAUAUUCUCAAUGGAGAUUUGGCAUCAGCAACCAUUCCUGAAGAAAAUAGAACCAUGUCCAAAAAAAGAUCUGAAUUGGAUGAUGUUCUUCCAUCCUUCUCUUCCUGAGGAAACUGAAGUGUCCAACUUUCUCUAAGUAUUGCUAUGCAAAAGCUGCUGUAAUUAUAUUGUUGUUAUAGGGAGUAGUUUUUUCCCUUAGAAGGAUUUCUCUGCACUUUAUAGAAUAAUGUUAAAAAAAAUAACCAACAAUUACAAAAAACCUUUGAAGUGUAUUUUAUCUUUAUAUAGUUUAUUUGCGAGAGUAUUUUCCUAAUAACUUCACAAUAUGAAUGUGCAUCUCUUUCUUUGAACAAAUGAUGGUUUAACAUUUAGGCAUUUAUGAGGAUAAAUGUAGAUAUUUUUUUAAAAAGUGUGAAGGACUGACAGCUUCGUCAGUUUGUAUUGUCGCUUAUAAACAUGGAGCCUUUUGCACAGGUUUCAUUCUGACAGAGGUGUGAAAUAUUUGAUUGUGCCAUGGACCAACUGGUCACUUACCCCCAUUAAAAAUGUGUGACUGUACUAGUGGACGGUAAUCACAUGUCCAGACUCCUUGAAGAAAAAAA